AUGUUGUGUCCGGGAAUGGGUGAACUUCUGCGAGUGUUAAUCCUCGUCACCUCUGCUCCUGGUCACUUCAGCAAGCGUCAGAGUAUCAGGGAAACAUGGGGAACGGUUGGUCAGAGAACAGAUGUCGCUCUGGGAUUUUUCCUAGGGGCAUCCUUCAACGAAACCACUGAAUACGAUCUUGAUCGUGAAAGUGCAACUUAUGGAGAUCUCAUUAGGGGCAAUUCAAUGGAUACUUAUGAGAAUCUCACGCUAAAAUCCCUGUCAAUGCUAGAAUGGACUGUCACGUACUGCCCGAUGACUCCGUACCUAUUGAAAACUGACGACGAUAUGUUUCUCAACAUGAAAGUCCUUUUGGAAUUUAUGGAGGAUCACAGUGAAGAUACUGAGAGGAUCUUUGGACACAUUGCUAAGAAUUGGGCACCUCAUAGGGAUUUAGAAUCUAAAUGGUAUGUUCCAGAGGAGUCCUUUAAGAAUGCUAUGUUUCCGGACUUUGUCACUGGACCUAUUUAUCUCCUAACUGGUGAUAUUUUGUUGGAUCUCUAUACUACAGCCCUCAAGACUACCUUUUUGUGGCUUGAGGAUGUCUUCCUCACGGGAUUCGUGGCAGAACAGCUGAAAAUUCCCCGAAAGGACAUUGGAAAAGUGAUCAAGAGGAUCGAUGCUGGAGGUCUUCUUCCUUGCAAUUUGGCCCAUUUCGUGGCUAUUCACGAUGUCGACAUUACUGAACAAUUUGACUUUUGGUACCACUUGAACAAUCCUCAAACUCUGACAAAUUGCACGGUUUUGGACAGCAAAAAAAGUGCCGAAAAACCCCAAAAACAAACAAUGGAUGAUUCAAUGAAAGAUUUUCUGCAUCAAUUGAAAGAAAAUAUGAAAAAAUUGUAGGGAAUCUGUUUUUUUCUUUUAUUUCCUUUUACACAGCAUCGCGUGUCAACUUACAUGCCUAUUUACAACGUUACAAUUUUACAAAUUGAGGAUACCUUUUUUUGGGAGAGUAUAGCCGUCGUCGUCAAAAGAGAAUCAUUUUCACACUUUCGUCAUUCAUUUCCUAAUCUUCUUUAAUUCAUCUUUUAUUUAUUGUUUUUUAUAGUUUCAAUGCCUCUCUCAACCAGAGACACUCGCAUUUGAACAAACAAAAUUUUCUCUAAAGGCCUCUACACAUUGAGAGCAAUUUUCGUCAAAAAUUGCGUUUUUGACAGAAAUUUGACGUUUCGCCCUACAACGCUGCAGGGAAUUUCCUUCAAAAAAGCAAUUUUUGUCAAAAAUUGCAUUUUUGACAGAAUUUUGACGUUUCUGCCUACAGCACUGCAGCCAAUUUCCUUCAAAAAAGCACUUUUUGACGAAAAUUGUUCUCAAUGUGUAGACACCUUAAAAGAAAAAUAACUUCCAAAUAUUUUUUUUGGUAAGCUUUUUCUUCUUUUUCUCUCACAAGAUCUCUGUGAGAGACAAGCUUCCUCUCCUCUUUUUGUUUUUCUCUUAAACUUUUUUUUUUCAAUGAACAAAAUUCUCUUCGAAUAUGAUCACAGCCUAAUUGAAGAAAAAUCCUAAUGUUUUUUUUUCUGUCUGUGUGUAUAUUUGUGUAUUGAUAGUACCCGCUACAGAGAUUAACAUAAAUACACAAGAUUUUCCAAAUAAAAAAUUAAUUCAACAGAUUGAAGCAAAAGUUGAAGAAAAAUUGAGAGACAGUGUCUGUAUUUUGACAAAGAAAGUGCUGAAUUUUAUUUUAUUGCAUUUUUUUUCUCUUCAAAAUUUUCUGUCAAAGACACACUGGAAAAGCGCACUGAAUGCAGUUCCAUGCAAUAUUCAUUAUCGCAUUAUUAUAAUUUUAUCUGUAAGCCCUAUUUUUCUUUUCAAAUAGAGCAAACUUAAGUGGUUUACUUUUUUUUUAGAAUAAAUUUUUGUUAUCGUUGAAUUGUGCAUAAAUAACAUACAAAUUGGAUCGCAAUGGUCGUUCUAAAGAAU